AUGGCAUCAAAGAUUUUCCCAAACGGCGUCCGCCAAUUGGAAAUCUCCAAACCGACCAAACUCGGGCAUAAGGAGCCCACUCUCCGCGGGCAUAUCAUCUUGGUAGCAAAAUUUGACUUCGUUGCAGAAUCUGGAGAAGAGCUUUCUGUCUCUAAAGGUGAUGUACUUAAGCUCUUAGACCGUCUGCCCAGUGGCUGGGUGUAUGUUUCUUCCAUUGAAAAGGUCGACACUGCAGGACUUGUGCCUUCUUUAUACGUGGAUAUCGCCGUGAACGACUCAAAUCAUCCCAUCACUACUCUGUGGUUACACGAGACGAAAAGGGAUGCUGCUAAAGCCGCACAAAACACAUUCAAUGAUGUGCAAGUGCAGAUGCUUUUGAAAACGAAUUUCCCGCUCACUAUCAACAAUAGUCCUUACCCAUUGACUGCCACUGUUGUUUGUUACCUCGCCUGCCAGGAUAGGUUCUGGUACAGAGUUGAUGUGACUUACAGCACAGGUGAGAUUGGGUACCUUUGUCGGUUUUACCUGGAUUUUUUUGAUUUGCACGCUAUUUUGCUCGAGUACGUAGCCGAGUACGAUGCGGCUCAAUUGUCAAAUGCGUCAAAUCUUGCAAGUUCCCUAUCUUCUCCAGAUUUGAACACCGAGCAGGCCCCUUUCAGAUUGCCACGUUUACCUGAGCCGAUCAUGAAUCAAAAUCAAAACCCAGAGCUUCAAUCAGAACUCUUCUCCAAGAGGUGUAAGGAAUUGAGUACUUAUUUAACAGUCUUGGCCUCUGAUAAACGUAUUCAAGUAUGUCCUGCCUUUGUCAAGUUUUUGGAAACGGACUUCAAUGGACAGCCCGGCUUCGUCUCUGAAGAAGUUUUGAAUGACUCAAUUGAGGCUAUAUCUCAGCAGAUUCUUCCUGGAUCAAAACUUGUGGCCACUCAAAUGAACACAGAGCCCGCCAAGGCUUCCGACUUGAAUAAGUUUGCUGAUAUCAGCUGCUACUCUGCGCUGCCCAAAGGUGUGCAAAGAACAAAAUCUCUCAACUAUCAGUCCGGUGGUGCUCUGAGCAGUCCUUUGGGUAGAUCCAAAUCUGUGCGCAAUGCAGAGCAAAAGCCUCCUCUCCCUGAUAUCAAUCUUUCAAGAAGUCGGACGAUCAGCGCCACGGAGGCUUUGCGGGCAGCUCAGGGAAUGGACAGCACGUUCACUCCCCCUCCCCUUCCACAAAUGCCACUUCCAAGUUCGAGUCCAAGAACUCCGCCAAGAAACGUUUUUGGGCCACAGCGGGUACCUUCUCGGUCGAAGCCUCAUUCUCAGCCUCAAGCUAAUUCAUAUUCCCACCCCAGCGCACCCUCGCAGAAUCCCCCUAGCGGAUCUCCCUUAAUUAAUAAUACCUCCAAACCCAUUUCUAAUUUUUCACCCAAGCUUGCAGCUCCAAAUGACGCUCCAACACCUAUACAACAAAGCAAUGUUUUGAUUCGCUGUGAAAUCAAGACACCUUCCAACGAUGUGAUUGCAGUCAAAUUCAAGCAGGCUGAGAUUACUAGCGUCUAUGCGUUCAAAGCGCUUCUCUCGCGGAAAAUAAGGUUUUCGAAUGUGUACAUUCGGUUCGAAGAUAAAGAAUCUUAUGAGGAGCUUGAAUCUCUGGACUUCGAAUUAUUUUCGCGGUUGAAAAAAUCGAGUGUCGCAUUUGUUCUUCUUACCUAG